GACGUGGCCCGAAUACAGUCCAGACAGACGCGGAGCAUCGGAGAACUUGAGAUCAGACCAAGAUAUCGCCUGCAACAGAUGAAUCUAGGUUCCAGGACAGCCUCUCCGGGUCAGAGCGGAGCAUCGUAGGGUCCUCGUUGCGACCCGAGCUGCAAGUGUCACAUUUGAUGGAUGAGAGAUAUCCUGCUUCGAUCCCAUAACUCAAGCUAGGCUUGAAAUAUUCUCAGAUACAUCUGAACCCCUUGUGACGGGGUAAGCCAUUUGUGUUUUCUGCCAAACCUGUGCUUGGUGCCUCGUUAGCUGGGGAUAGUUCGUUCUGACACGGCCCACUUGGUGGCCCAGCUGUCAAGCUCAGUAGUGCGACACGAUUUGGUGAUUCAGAUAAUAGAAAGAAGACGAUGAAGUGAGGGGAUCGGCGACGACGAGAGCCAUCAAGUCUCCUGGAAGCCCCUCGCAAGCCCCCUUCUUGUCGAUCUCAAACUGCUCAAGGCUGGAAGUUUAGAUCGUAAACUCAGGUUGAAGCAGUAUUUGCUAGGUGCGAUACCCGUUACCGACUGUUGCGAGCAUCACGCAGAGACGCUCGACCACUAUUGAUUUCUGUUGACCCCUGCUCAGUGAAGGAAGCUUAAACAAGCCACUUGGCGUAAAGCUUGGCGUUCAAUGUGGAGAUUGACUCGAGAUCCUUGAGGAGGCUGACUUGGGCGUUAUUGAAAUGUCUGCGUCAGCGACGAUCAUGCAGGUGGGUAGGGUUGGUGCUUCAUGCGGGCAUGAAAGCCGUUUUGAGAGCGGAGACCCGUGCCAAUGUCCAGCUUUGCUCGUUUCACCAGGACCUGGCCUUGUAGUGUCAAACUCCGAGCGACAGCCACUGCAGCAAAGAGGAGGAGCAAAACAAUUCGAAUAUCCUUGGCGACGCUACCGCGGGAUCCAGGUCAAGCGAGGAGUGUUCGGGCGAGGCUGGCUGAUAGUCCACGUCAUUCCCGUCUCGCAAAAAGCCCCGUCGAUACCAGACAGCGCUGACGGGCUUGGAAGGUUCAGACCGCCGAUGAUACUCGAGGCGGAACGAGUCGAACUGGGGGCGAGUCAAUCCCAGUGUGAAAAGUAGAUGCCGAGUCUGUCAGCAUUGAGUGAGAAAAGGAGGUAAAUUGGAGUUUGUGCCGAGUCCCGAGAGUGCCGGAAGGCAAAUGUCGGGCCAGG